UCUUCUGGACCUACGCCUACGCUCAUCCCAGGCCUGAGCUUCAUCCGCGCCGUCGAAGACCCCAACUUCCACCAAUACCUCCAGGGCGAGGUGGCCAACAACGCCUCCACCGCCGUGCUCGGUUCCCCCGACACCGCGGGCCUGUUCAACGUCUCAACCGACGGGCAGCUCAUGUGGAACGCGCCCGCGGGCUCGAGCACGUGGCUCUACGCGCAGGUCGAGCCCCGCGCGAACUCGACCGUCAUGAAGCUCGGGAUGAGCUGGGGCACCGAGCCCGCGUCCGGCUCCGCGGCGGGCACGUUCAUCUUUUCCGGGGACACGCUUGAGUGGAGUAUUCCGACCAUCGAUCGGCCGCAGACGAACGCGUGGCUCGUGUGCCCCGACACCGACGGGAACAAGCUGCUGUAUAUCAACCUGGGCAACUAUGACUACGAGACGCCACCUGGAUGUGCGGAUGAGACAAUCCAUGCGUACACCGGCCCUUACCCGAACUCAUAA